AUGGUAUUCGAUGCGGACUUGUAUCUGUUCAAGAAGUCUCACCAGGUCAGUAUUAUUGCGCAAACGGUUAAUAUCCACAAUGGGGUAAUUUUGUUAUUUGCAUUUUUUGCUUUUAGGUAUGACUUGUGCUUAACAAAGAAGAUGAAUAUAAAAAUUAGUUUUGAAAAAUGGAAUAGAAAGUGUAGAUUCUGAUAAUAGAAUGGGUUUUUUUUAGUUUGGGCAAGCUUUUGUUUGAAAAUUUGAAUGUUUAUAUUAUACUUGACGUAUAGAAGGAAACAUAGCAUAGUUUUUGAGAAUUGGUAGAGAAGAGGUUAAAUUGAAUAUUGAUAGCUGGAGAAGAGUAUUUUCUAAUUGAUCAAAAUAACAUUUGGUUUGCGUAUUUGGUUUUUGUGAAAAAAUUGUUCUUUUUAUAUUAUCCAUGACAGUCAGGGAAAAUGCUUACAUAAAGUGGUAAUUCAGGCAACAAAAAUUAAAAUGGGUACUAUUAGGAGAGUCGCGCACAAUAUGGAAUUAAGAAAAAUGAUUUUAUAAUAAGUUAAGUUUGAACUAAAACUUCAAUAUUAUUCAUGUCGUUUUAGGACCAGGAGCCGAUAAAAGUGGAUGAAUCUACUGGAGAAACCCCGUCUUUUGCCGUAUCUGAUGUAUCAAGUUCGGCGGUUUUAGAGAGCUCGAGCUCUGAAGAAACAUCGAGUUCGGAGACAUCACUGGUAUCUGAAGAAUCGGAAAGAAGCCAAGAAUCAACCGGCUCCACACAGUCAGAUUAUUCAAUUUUGUCGACAGAAAGUUUGGAUUCUGCUGAAACCGAGACUUCAGAAACUUCAGCCGAGCCGUCUGAAUCAUUAGAAAGUGAAACUUCAGAAACUUCGCAGUCUUCUGAAUCUUCAUCGACUUCUGAGUCCACAGAAACUGAACCUUCUGAAACUGCUGUACCAGAGCCAGUGAGGUUUUUGUGUGAAUCUUUAGGUAUUUCUGACAGUGAUGAGUCUAAUUUACUUGAAGAAUCUUCGCUUUUUUCAAGUAAGUGUUUUUUGAUGGGUAACAUAAUGUUUUUGGCUUUAACUUGGUUUUUUUGGUCUUAUCUACUGAAAAUUGUGCUUUUUAGAUAAAAAAAGUUUUACCAACAUAUUUACUACAAACUUAUCUAACUUUUGUUUCAGAAUCAAAUUCGUUCGAUACCUGCUCAGAAGAAGAUGACCCGUUUCGAGGAUUGGGCGAGUUGAACAUGAAUCCAACUGAUGCUGAUCUAGGAGAUGAUUUCAACAACUUGUCAGUGUCUACUGCUGCGUCAAUUUCUUUGCUGGAUUAUGAAGCGGAUCAAAUUUCGGAAGAUUUUGAAGAAGUCGAUGUUAAGGACGUUACACAAUAA